GGCAGGAAAGCUCGUUGUCAUCUCGCGAUAAGUUCUCCCUUCUGAAUAACAUUGCUCUUGGAUUGCAAUACCGUAAGUUUGUCGUUCACUGCACCCCAUUUCUCAAAUGCUCAUGUUGGUUCAGUCCACAGCAAAUCAGUCGUCCAUGGGGACCUGACAGGGUCCAAUGUCUUGAUUUAUGGCAAUUUCCGGGCAUGCCUUGCUGAUUUUGGUCUCUCCACUGUAAUCCUGGAGUUCGUUGGUACCUCAUAUUUUACGAGCUCCAUCCGCGGGAAUGUCCGAUGGGUAGCUGCAGAAUUAUGUGAAGUAUCGGAGGACGAUGAGCAUUCGCUCACUGGCACAGAGUGUGACAUCUACUUAUUUGGUAGUAUCGUGACGCUUUCACGUUAGUAACUCGAUUUAGAACGAAAUAUCUUGUUC